AUGUCUGCCGCGCCGGGCCUCUUGCAUCAGGAACUGUCCUGCCCUCUGUGCCUGCAGCUGUUCGACGCACCCAUCACGGCUGAAUGUGGCCACAGCUUCUGCCGGGCCUGCCUGGGUCGGGUCGCCGGGGAGCCUGCGGCCGACGGCACGGUGCCCUGCCCCAGCUGCCAGGCGCCCACGCGGCCGCAGGCGCUCAACACUAACCUGCAGCUGGCGCGCCUGGUGGAGGGGCUGAAGCAGGUGCCGCAGGGCCACUGCGAGGAGCACCUAGAUCCGCUCAGCAUCUACUGCGAGCAGGACCGGGUGCUCGUGUGUGGCGUGUGCGCCUCGCUCGGCUCGCACCGCGGCCACCGCCUCCUGCCCGCCGCAGAGGCCCACGCGCGCCUCAAGACCCAGCUUCCACAACAGAUGCUGCAGUUGCAAGAGGCACGUGCACACAAGGAGAAGAGUGUGGGCGUGUUGGAGCACCAGUUGACUGAGGUGGAGGAGACAGUUCGACAGUUCCGAGGGGCUGUGGGGGAACAGCUGAAUAAGAUGCGGGUGUAUCUGACUGCCCUGGAGGGCUCGUUGGAUCGUGAGGCUGAGCGUGUGCGCAGUGAGGCAGGACAGGCGUUGCGGCGGGAACUGGGUGGCCUUAACUCUUAUCUGGAGCAGCUGCGGCAGAUGGAGCAGGUUCUGGAUGAAGUAGCAGACAAGCCACAGACUGAGUUUCUUAUGAAAUACUGCCUGGUGACCAGCAGGUUGCAGAAGAUCCUGUCAGAGUCACCACCACCAGCUCGGCUGGACAUCCAGCUGCCCAUCAUCUCAGAUGACUUCAAGUUUCAGGUCUGGAGGAAGAUGUUCCGGGCACUGAUGCCAGCACUGAGUGAGCUGACGCUGGAUCCCAACACGGCCCACCCGAGCCUGGUGCUGUCCAUGUACGGCCGCCGUGUGGAGUGCUCCGAGCAGAAGGCGCCUUCGGCCGGGGAGGACCCUCGCCAGUUCGACAAGGCGGUGGCAGUGGUGGCACACCAGCAGCUGUCGGGGGGCGAGCACUACUGGGAGGUGGAGGUGGGUGACAAGCCGCGGUGGGCCCUGGGCGUGAUCUCUGCCCAGGCCAAUCGUCGCGGUCGGCUGCACGCAGUGCCCUCGCAGGGCCUGUGGCUGCUUGGGCAGCGCGAGGGCAAGAUCCUGGAGGCGCAUGUGGAGGCCAAGGAGCCCAAGGCCCUGCGCCCUCGCGAGCGGCGGCCCACACGCAUCGGCAUCUACUUGAGCUUCGCCGACGGUGUCCUCUCCUUCUAUGACGCCAGCUCCUCUGAUGCGCUGGAGCUGCUGUUUGCAUUUCACGAGCGCCUACCUGGGCCUGUGUACCCCUUCUUCGACGUGUGCUGGCACGACAAGGGCAAGAAUGCUCAGCCGCUGCAGCUAGUGACGCCUGAGCAGGGGGAGAUCUGA